UGGGAGAUCCGUCAUGGAAACCGGAGAGAGGGCACCCCUUCAUGCUGCCGUCUUCUCCUCCUCCACCUUACCAGGAGCCAUCCUACCCGGUCCCCUUAUACUCAGCACAGCCACAGGGCUAUGGAUUUGACCAGGAGCUUUACAGGCUGCCUUUUCAGCAACCCGGUCAGCAGCCGUACUUCAAUGGCCAUGAGCAAUCAGGAGAGCCAACCGUCUUCACUGUGCAGCCUCCAGCGUACAUUCAUCAAGCAGGCCCUGUAAAGGACUACUUAGGCUUUUCAAUCUUCACCACGCUCUGCUGCUGCCUGCCACUGGGAUUAGCCGCCUGUGCCAGCUCCAUUGCUACUCGUAACGCCAACGCCCUCGGUGAGAGGUUUACAGCACAUCGGAUCAGCAACCAAGCCUGGAAAUUGAACCUUGUGGCUCUGGGGUUCGGGACUUUAAUUUGGGCCUCAGUGUUUAUAGUUCUUGUUAUUGCACUUUAUUUAUAAUUUCUCCAAAAUAUUUGCAUCACAUUUUUCACAUUCAGCAUCCAACUCUGAGACGAUAACAGCACUUAUAGGCAUUUGUCAUCAAAUUUAGACACUUUAAAUAAGCUGACCUAACUUUUUACUCCUCCUAAUGCUUUAUUCAGUUUCCUGAAUGUGUUUCUAA